AUGGCUCCUUAUGAGGCUUUAUACGGGCAGAGAUGUAGAUCCCCUAUAGGGUGGUUUGAUGUUGGAGAGAAUCAGUUAGCCGGCCCAGAUUUGAUACAGCAAGCAGUUGACAAAGUGAAAGUCAUCCAAGAAAGAUUAUUAGUGGCUCAGAGUCGACAGAAAUCCUAUGCAGAUAACCAGCGUCACAAGCUAGAGUUCGAGGUAGGAGAUUGGGUUUUCUUGAAGGUCUCACCUAUAAAAGGGGUGAUGAGAUUUGGCAAGAAAGGUAAGCUAAGCCCUUGGUACAUCAGACCAUAUAAGAUUAUUCGUACGGUGGGUAAAGUAGCAUAUGAGUUAGAAUUACCUUCUGAAUUGGAGUCCGUACAUCCAGUAUUCCAUGUGUCCAUGCUCUAUAAGUGCAUAGGAGAUCUCUCAAGAUUUGUGCCAAUAGAUGAUAUACAGGUGACUGAGCAGCUAUCUUACAAGGAAAUCCCCGUGGCUAUAUUAGAUAGGAAGGCUCGUCGGUUACGAACUAAGGAUGUGGCUUUUGUUAAAGUACUCUGGAGAAAUAAUAAUAUCGAGAAAAUGACUUGGGAGGUGGAAAAGGAGAUGAAGACUAAGUACCCACACUUUUUCCCAUUGUCCCAGGAGGCUCAGAUAGUCCCCACUUUCCGAAAGUUCCAUUUCCGGAAAAGAUCAAGAAGUGAAAGAGAAAAGUUGUCAACCAUAAAUCUCGCUGCAUGA